UGCUUUUGUGCUAUUCAUCUUUUCCACUUCAGAAUAUUUAAAUUAGCAAAGAUGUUUCUCUUCAGAAUAGCAAAGACCUUCUUCCUUGUAUGUACGAUAUAUCAUCCUAGCUCAGCAAUAUUCUACAUUUACAGUGAAGCUACAGAUGUAGAAACUACAUUGGUUUUAGGCUUUAUAAUUGUGUUCUUUUAGAGUAGUUUUGAGACUCUCUGCAGUAACCAAUGAUGUCUUUAAAUUGUUUCUUUGAAUCAACCUUUGCGUUUAAACUCAGGAUUCUCCCUCAUAACGGCUGGCCCAGAGCCAUAAAAAGAGAGUUGUGACACUCUGAUGUCACCGCCACACGAUCAAAAGUUCCAAAACACCUAUGCUGAAUGGCUGAACUGCAGGAGGGUGGGCUGUACUUCUGGAUGUUGGAGGGUGUAAUCAAUUAACUCAUUGACUACUGACCAAGAGAUUUGCUGUUAAUAGUUCCAAAACUCCCACAACUUGGAAGUAGCCUGGAAAAAGGACUGCCUUGGGAGUUCACUGAGUUCUGGGAGUGUCGCCACUCUGUUUUAUCUACUGCUCUGGGCUGGCCCAUUUACUUCACUCCGUCCAUCUACUUAAUUCUGCUGUGAUUCCAUGUUCCCAUUUCUUCAGAUGGCACAGCAAGACGCCAGCACUCUGGCCAAAGGCCACUUCGGGAAGGUCUACAAGAAGUGGUAUAAGGGCCAGUGGGCUUGUGUUAAGAGGGUCCCUCAGGGCGUUAUCAGCAUGACAGAUCUAGAGAGAGAGUGCAAAGUGUAUUGCAAUGUACAGCAUGAAAAUGUGGUGAGGCUUCUGGGUGUCCCCUGGUUUGAGGAUUUGAAAUUUAACAUUCCUCUGGAGUUCAUCUCAGGGGAAGAGCUGGAGACAACAAUCUUCUGCCCAGAGAAGUCUAAAAUACAGUUGACCCCUAUUGUCACAGCAACCAUUAUCAAGGGCAUGUGUGCAGGGCUGAGUCAUCUUCACAGUAAAGACAUUGUGCACCAGGACAUUAAACCUGACAACAUCAUGGUGGAACAUGGAACAAACCGUGCCGUCAUCAUAGAUCUAGGACUGGCUAAAUUCUUCAAGGGUGGAAUAACGUCGGCCCAGAACUUAGGCAAUAUUGCUUACUCCGCUCCUGAAAUCCUGCUGCAGAAUGGUGUGCGGGACAAGCGCUCAGACGUCUGGGCAAUGGGCAAGGUCAUCGCUGAGCUGGUCAUCAGGCCCAGGAACAGACUACUUACUCACAACGUCACAUUCAGGAAAAUCAGGAUAAUUCUUCCUGAGCCUUACAGGGGAGCAGUGUCCAAAAUGGUGUACAGCAAUCCUGCUACUAGAGCCUGCAUGCCGAUAGUGGAGGCUGAGAUUGCACAGGCUUUAGCUGGUACCAUGAUGCAACAUAAGAAGGUUCAACGUGUGCCACUGGCAGCAGAAUGGCCACAACGGGUUCUGGGACAGUCACCAUUCGUUCUGGGACAGUCACAACAGGUUCUGGGACAGUCACCAUUCGGUCUGGGACAGUCACCAUUUGGUCUGGGACAGUCACCAUUCGGUCUGGGACAGUCACAACAGGUUCUGGGACAGUCACCAUUCGGUCUGGGACAGUCACAACAGGUUCUGGGACAGUCACCAUUCGGUCUGGGACAGCCACGACGGGGUCUGGGACAGUCACCAUUUGGUCUGGGACAGUCACCAUUCGGUCUGGGACAGUCACAACAGGUUCUGGGACAGUCACCAUUUGGUCUGGGACAGCCACAACAGGUUCUGGGACAGUCACCAUUUGGUCUGGGACAGUCACCAUUUGGUCUGAGACAGCCACAACGGUUCUAGGACAGUCAGAACAGGUUCUGCGACAGCCACAAAGGGUCCUGGGACAACGCCACCAUCUGGCCAAGCAGGAAAUAUGGCAGAAAUAUAUGGCAGAAAUCUUUUUGAUGGAUUGAUCUGAAGUGUUACAAAAUAUUGGAUAUCAUGAUUGUGAUGAUAUUCAUAUGUGUAAUUCAUAUGCAUAGCAUAGCGCCACCAUGUGGCCAAUCAGGAAAUGUGCCAGAAAUGUUCCAUGCUUUGACUGCUUGAUCUGAAAUUUUAUAAAGUAUUAUCAGGAUGAUAAUUUUGUAAUAAUGUCCUAUUACCGUGCCUGGCAAAGCACCACCAAUUGACAAGAGAAGGAAUGUGUUCCUCCUGCUACUUAGCACCCCCAGCCCCACCCCCCGGACUGAGCUACAAAAACACCACCAACAUUGUUGUGUGGCAAUUAAAGUUUCUAUUCU